AUUUACCUGAAUAAAAUCUACCUUAAUACACCAGUGCAGCGCCGCCACUUUCCCUGUCGACGGGCUUGAAUUCUUCGUCGCUUCUUUCGAGCUGAGCUCAGUACGACAAAGUUAGCAAUGAAGGCGUUCGAAGUUGGUGGAACCACCCUUUGUCUUGCCCUUUUCAGCGAUGUUACUAAUUCUAAAGAACUACUGGAUUUGAUGCAGUCAGCAACUUUGGAGCCAGAAGUAGCAUUUCUGAAUGCAUCACUUAUUCCAGAUGUAUUUCCUGUUUUGGCAGCUGCACACAAGGCACUUGUAGCUAAAUCACGGGAUUCACUGACUACACGGACCCUCCAUUCUGAGCUUGUUUACAACUACUCAGGAUCUAAGCAUAUAUCAGAGUCUUUGAAAAGAUGUGGCAUUGCAGAUAACACAAGCUACAUCCUUGCAGCACGCUUUGGUGCUUCGGCUGAUGAGAUGGUGGCCAUAGAAAAACUCAUAAAGGGCAAGGAGAUUGACUUGAAGGAAUUGGAACAAAGAAUAAACCAAGCUCAGAUUCAAAAGCAUUACAAGAUAUCUAAUCUGGAGCUGGAGAUAUCAUCACUUGCUGAUGCCAUAACCUGCAGAAUUGCUGCCCGAGAUGCUUUAUGAGAAUUGCACGCCUACGCUGCUAAUUAUUUUAUCUUUUUCAUUUGUAAACUAUUGUCUGAGAAAUAACUUCCCGAACCUUGAGUGAAAAUACCAUUUUGCUACUCUGAUUGCUUCAUAGGCGCUAUUAGGUCCCUGAUAAACGUUCGCUAAUGUUUAUUUCGUUUGGUUUGCUUAUGUUCAAUGUCUAAGAGAUUCUAUAGGAA